AUGCUGCUCAACCCAGUUGUGGUCCUGGUUGGCGCAGUAUAUGCGACCUUCCUGGUCCUGCGUUACCUAGCGCAGUUACACCAUCAUCACAAACAGUCUAAAUCCCUACAUUGUCAACCUUGUACGCCCGGUUCCUCUACGUUUUUCGGCAUUCCGGCCUUUAUUCGCCUUAGCAAAGCUGUUCGCGAAAAGCGAUGGAUCGAUUAUUUGGCCAAUCAAUAUGCCAUAUACGGGAAUACCUUUCAGCAGAAGAUGUUCGGUCGCGAGAUCAUCACUACAAUUGAACCAAGCAACGUGAAGGCUAUUCUGGCGACCCAAUUCCAGGAUUUUUCCUUGGGCACGCGACAUGAACAAUUCUAUCCUUUGCUCGGUGAUGGAAUUUUUACCUUGGAUGGAGCGGGGUGGUCGCAUGCGAGAGGAUUAUUGCGACCACAAUUUACUAGGGAUCAGGUCGCGGAUCUAGCUCUACUGGAUGACCACAUCAACCACCUCCUCGACCUCAUCCCCAAAGACAGAACUAGUUUCGAUAUUCAACGCCUAUUCUUCCUCCUAACCCUCGACUCAGCUACUCAUUUCCUCUUUGGCGAGUCAGUUGGCUGCAUGCUCCCAGAGUCUGAAACAACUGGAGUCCUCGCGAAAUCCGCCGUACGCAACGCUCAAGGCUUCGCCGACGCAUUCACAGUCGCUCAGGACUACCUCGCCUCCCGAUCACGCGCCCAAGGUUUGUACUGGCUCGUCAACCCGAAGGCCUUCCGCGAAGCAAAUAGUCAAGUCCACGAAGUCGUGGAUCAUUAUGUCAAUGUCGCACUGGAAUCAAAGCGCAAUCCCGACCGGAAAGAAGACGACCGCUAUAUCUUUCUCAACGCCCUCGCUGCUGAUACAGAUGACCCGAAGAUGCUGCGCGAUAACAUGUUGAAUAUCCUCCUUGCCGGACGGGAUACGACGGCCAGUUUACUGAGUUCGACAUUCUACUACCUUGCACGUCAUCCCAAUGUCUUUACGCGGCUGCGUCGGGAGAUCGUUGAGGCCUUCGGGGAUAGUAGGAACCCGCGUGGCGAAAUUACCCAGACGAAACUGAAGGAUAUUUCUUACCUGCGAUAUGUCCUGAACGAGACCCUCCGUCUCCAACCGCCUGUCCCGAUCAACUUCCGAGUCGCUACAAAGGAUACUUCACUACCCGUCGGAGGCGGCGCUGAUAAACAAUCUCCAAUCUAUAUCAAAAAGGGAACAAUGUGCUCCUAUAAUGUCUUCGCCAUGCACCGCCGCACAGAUCUAUGGGGUAAAGACGCACGCUCAUUCCGACCGGAGCGAUGGGAAGAGAAUGCCAAGCACGGAUGGGAAUACCUGCCUUUCAAUGGUGGACCUCGGAUAUGCCUCGGACAACAAUAUGCGCUCACCGAGGCCAGUUAUACUGUUGUCAGACUCUUGCAGUAUUUCGAUACGCUUGAGAAUGCGGAUCCGCGGCCUAAUCAGACCGAGGAACCGGUCAAGCAAUCUAACCUGACUAUGAUGCAUGAUGCUGGUGUGCCUGUGCGGUUGUAUUCUUCGGAUAAGAUUUAG